AUGCAUCUCACUUCCGUUUUCCCAUAUCUUUGCCUGGCCAUCUGCGCUCAAGCCUCUCGAUUAGUCACACGACAGUCUUCAGACUCAACUUUGCCAAUACAUCUCUACAUUCAACAAGUCCAAACAGUCAUCUAUGCAAUCGAUCACAUCAAACUGAACGAAUCGGAAACAGCCUGCAACGACGACACAACAGAAGCUCGGCUCAAUGCCACAGGCCUUGACGGCCCGCUAGGACAUCUGCUUCUUUGCGAGGACUCCAUCGGAAUUGUAAUCUUCCCGAACAUCACGCAAGCUGAGCGAGACAUCAAGACUGCUCUCUCAGCUCUACAAGCCGCCCAAAAUGGCACCAACACCAGCACGAACUGUAACAACUUGCGUCUAGAUGCCCUGGCACAAGCCGGAAUUGAUCCUGAAGCUAUCAAUCUUUUGCUAUGCGAUGCAUCCAAGGCGCCAAUCCCAACCCCCUCUCCCACCCCACUUUGGACCAAUACGACCAACCCUUAUGAAAAUACAAUCUCCUCACCAACCGGCACCGGUAUAAGAGCCAACUCCUCAAGACUCGCCCUCGCACCCCUUCCCAGCGCAUCCUCAUCCUCCUUCAUCACAACCAUGGCGAACGGAGCAGCCCUCACCCUAUCCAUCAACAUCCCUCUCAACUCCCCCUUCUCAACAAUCCUCACCCCAAACCUCUCAGCAACUCCUACGAAAAACUCCCAGAAAAUCUCAUCGCCCAUCCCCCUCAACGCCACAAUCACAGUAACAUCAUCAACAACAACAACAACCACCACCCUCCCACCAGGCCCACCUCUCACUCGAACCUCCACGUCUUCCCGAAACCCUCGAACCCUUACAAUCUGGCAAAUCGUCUACGUCACACCAAGAAAACCACCUUCGACUUCCCCUUCGACGCUCCGUAUCCCUCUUACAGCAACCUUCUCGACUCAACUCGUACCUGUUGUUGUCACGGUGACGUCUACGACUUCGAUUUUUACUACUACAGCUGGGAUUUUUUCGCAGCAGCAGCAACCCCCACUGCCACCGGUGACGUUGACACAAUCGCAAUCGGUGAGGGAUCCUAGGACGGUGACGGUUUGGGAGGUUGUUUAUGUGACGGCGAUUUCGAGGAGUAAUAAGAGUGUAGUGGGUGGCGUGAAUAGUUUGUGA